GGUUUGAAAGAAAGGAUUGGGCCAGUAGAGGAUCUGACUGGUGMAGGUGUUGCUACUGGGGAUUUUUUGAUGAAAUGCACUCUGCAGGGCACAUCUCGUUUACCUGCAUUCUCAAUGAAUGGUGACUUUGUUAUUGGAGGAGUUUUCUCUAUUCAUUACCAACCUCUUACAGUGAUUCAUAACUACACCACCAAGCCUGAACCCACAAAAUGCACAGGAAGCAUUAUUGCCCGGGAAUUGCGUUUCUCAAGCGCAAUGAUUUUUGCUAUUGAGGAGAUAAACAACAGCACAAAGCUGCUGCCGGGCAUCAAACUUGGAUAUCAGAUUUAUGAUUCAUGUGCUUCAGUUUCUGUGGCUGUGCAUGUGGCAUUUCAGCUGUCAAAUGGCCAAGACCUUGUGUUUUACAAAGGCAGACUAUGUUCACAAUCUGGUGUUGUCAUGGCUGUUGUUGGAGAGUCUGGAUCAACGCCAUCCAUCAGCAUGUCACGCAUCAUUGGGGCUUUUCAUAUUCCACAAGUGAGCCACUCUGCUACCUGUGCCUGCCUGUCAGAUAAGCAGCAGUACCCAUCUUUUUUCAGAACGACUCCCAGUGAUCAGUUCCAAGCUGAUGCUCUGGCCAAGCUGGUGAAACACUUUGGCUGGACUUGGAUCGGUGCUGUUCGCUCUGACUCAGAUUAUGGAAAUCAUGGCAUGGCAUCUUUUCUGGAUGCAGCGCAGAGRGAGGGGAUCUGUGUGGAGUACUCUGAAGCCUUCUAUAGAACCGACUCACAAAAGAAGAUUAAGAGAGUAGCUGAUGUUAUCCGCAGGUCAACAGCAAUGGUUGUUGUGGCUUUUACAGCCACUGGAGACAUAAGAGUUCUGUUAGAGGAGCUGGCUCGGGAGCCUCCACCACCUCGUCAGUGGAUAGGAAGUGAGGACUGGAUAACUGACCCAUAUCUGAUGAGUUUCAGUUUUUGUGCAGGAGCCAUUGGAGUUACUAUUCAGCAGUCUGUUAUUCCAGGGCUWAGAGAGUACCUACUUACACUAUCUCCUGCUGAAGUGGCUGUCUCUUCAGUCUUCACUGAGUUUUGGGAAGAUGCAUUCAACUGCAGCCUGAAAAAUGAUGCCUAUCAGUACAAAAGACUGUGUGAUGGAACUGAAAACAUAAAAACGCUGAAAAACCCGUACACUGAUACAUCCCAGUUAAGAGUUACAAACAUGGUGUACAAGGCUGUUUAUGCAAUAGCUCAUGCCAUUCACAAUGCAGUGUGUGUGGAAACAAMUCACACAACUCAGUGUGACAAAAAAAUCAGACUGGAAUCAAAACAGGUUUUAUCUGAACUGAAAAAAGUAAACUUUUUGCAAAAUGGUUAUCCUGUGUCAUUUGAUGCUAACGGUGAUUCUGUAGCUUUUUAUGAGCUGGUCAACUGGCAAAAGAGUGAAAGUGGAGAUUUUAAAGUGGUAACAGUAGGAUACUAUGAUGCAUCACUGCCAAAAGGCCAAGAGCUUCAGAUCAACAGGAACAUAACCUGGGUGCAAGGAAAAGCAGAUGUUCCAGUGUCAGUGUGCUCUGAGAGUUGUCCUCCAGGAACUCGUAAAGUGUUGCAGAAAGGAAAACCCAUCUGCUGCURUGAUUGUAUACCAUGUCCUGAAGGUGAAAUCAGUAAUACAACAGAUUCUCCAGAUUGCUUCCCAUGUCCCAGUGAAUUCUGGCCUAAUGCAGAAAAAGAUUCUUGUUUCCCCAAACAUGUUGAGUUUCUGUCUUUUAAUGAAAUCCUGGCUAUCAUCCUGGCUGCAUUUUCUGUUUUUGGAGCCUGUCUGGCCAUCAUAACUGCAGUUAUUUUCUUUCAUCACAGAACAACUCCAGUUGUUAAAGCCAACAACUCUGAGCUGAGCUUCCUGCUGCUCUUCUCUCUGACUCUGUGUUUCUUAUGUUCGUUAACUUUCAUCGGAGUUCCCUCUGAGUGGUCCUGCAUGCUGAGACACACAGCGUUUGGUAUUACCUUUGUUCUCUGUAUCUCCUGUGUUCUUGGCAAAACUGUAGUGGUUUUAAUGGCCUUUAAAGCUACACUUCCAGGUAGUAAUUUUAUGAAAUGGUUUGGGCCUCCACAACAAAGAAUGACUGUAGUGUUUUUCACAUUUAUUCAAGUUUUAAUUUAUAAACAGCACAGAGCUGCUGCCGGGGAUUAA